UAAAACCGGGUGAAAAUCAAGGCUCAGGAAGUUAAGCCCCAGAGGUGCGUGAAGACACUCACGUUAAAUGUUCCAGCUCUUUCUCCCUCGUGACUCACACGCCCCAAAAACCUAGGCCCGCUUGCAGCCCGCGCUGGCUGCCUCGUUACGCACCCCGCCGCCCGCCCAGUUUCUUCAUUUCUGCGCCGCCCGCACGCCGUCAAACUGCUGCUGUUCCAACUCUGUUUUCUGGAGAGGGGCUGGCAGGGACUCGGCGGAGCAGCCUCUCCUUCUCCCCCGCCCUUCCCUCCAGUGCUUGGAGGAUUAUUGCUGAAAGCCGGCUGCUCCAGCGCAAGGGAGGGAUUUACCUGCUGCUGCUGCUGGAGCUGUUGUUGUUGUUGGCAGCGCCUCCCCGCCUCUCUCCCCAGAGGCAGCGCAGCGGCGCCCAGAGGAUUGCGCGCGGCUGAGCCAACUCCCAGGGAACCCGCUCGGGGGAGCGUGUGCGUGUCGGGGGGAAGCGGGCGGUUCGCGCCUCGCCGAGGAGAAAACUUUCUGCUCUCCGGACAUGGGAGGCUCCCUACUCUAGAUAAAGUACCCGGCAGGGGAGAAGAGCACCACCACCGAGCGAAACAACCGCCGAGGAGGCGCUCGAGGCCGCCCAGAUCAAAGAUGCUAUCCAGACUUGACACUUGUGAUGCAGUGAUCAGCAACAGAAGAGAGCAAAUGAAAUUGAAUGUGGCCUCAUAGAAUUGAACUUUGGAGAGUUUAUGAUGUCCACAGGUGCGAGUGGCAGGAAAAACCAUCAGGCUGUGAGCCUCGAAGGAGUUGACCCAGAAACCUGCAUGAUAGUGUUUAAAACUCACUGGGCACAGGUGGUGAAAAUAUUAGAGAAGCAUGACCCUUUGAAAAAUAUUCAGGCAAAAUAUGGGGCAAUUCCUCCUGAUGAGGCCAGCACUGUGCAGAAUUACGUAGAACACAUGCUUUUCCUGUUAAUCGAAGAACAAGCAAAAGAUGCUGCCAUGGGACCUAUCCUGGAGUUUGUUGUUACCGAGAAUAUCAUGGAGAAACUCUUCCUUUGGAGUCUCAGACGGGAGUUCACUGAUGAGAUGAAAAUCGAACAGUUGAAGAUGUAUGAAAUGCUUGUCACUCAGUCCCACCAGCCCUUGUUGCAUCACAAGCCCAUCUUGAAACCUUUGAUGAUGUUGCUGAGUUCUUGCUCAGGGACUACUACACCAGCCGUGGAAGCUGAGCUGGUGGUUCUUCUCAACCAGCUGUGCUCAAUCCUAGCCAAAGAUCCAUCUAUUUUAGAACUUUUUUUCCAUACCAGUGAGGACCAAGGAGCUGCAAACUUCCUAAUUUUCUCUCUCUUGAUUCCUUUCAUCCAUCGAGAAGGGACUGUGGGCCAACAGGCUCGUGAUGCACUGCUUUUUAUAAUGUCACUUUCUGCAGAAAACAAUGUUGUUGCUAACCAUAUAGUAGAAAACACUUACUUCUGUCCGGUGCUAGCCACAGGCUUAAGUGGCCUAUACUCAUCUUUGCCUACAAAGUUGGAAGACAAAGGAGAAGAAUGGCACUGUCUGCUGAAAGAUGACUGGCUUCUUUCUCCAGCUCUUGUCCAAUUCAUGAACUCCCUUGAGUUCUGCAAUGCUGUAAUACAGGUGGCACAUCCUUUGAUUCGGAUGCAGCUUGUGAAUUACAUUUAUAAUGGGUUUCUGGUACCAGUUAUGGCCCCAGCAUUGCAUAAGGUGACUGUGGAAGAAGUAAUGACUACAACUGCCUACCUGGAUCUCUUCUUGCGGAGUGUUUCAGAACCAGCUUUACUACAGAUCUUCCUCCGAUUCAUCUUGCUGCACCGCCAUGAGAAUGUGCACAUCCUGGACACCCUCACAAGCCGCAUAAACACUCCAUUUCGGCUCUGUGUGGUGUCCCUGGCAUUGUUCAGAACGCUUAUCAGCUUGCAUUGUGAAGAUGUGAUGUUACAGCUAGUUUUAAGGUACUUGAUACCCUGUAAUCACAUCAUGUUCAGCCAAAGAUGGGCUGUGAGGGAACGAGACUGGUAUUCUGUAUCUGCUGCUAGAUUGCUUGCCUUGACUCCAGUCUGCUGCUCUAGUGGGAUUACUCUGACUUUUGAAAAACAAGAAAAAGAUUAUAUCCUGUGGAGGAAAAACAUACACAGGGCAGGUACAACUGAAGAGUCCAGCAGCAGAGGUACUGCAGACUCCACAUGUAUUGUGGAAUAUGGGAAGACUGUUGAUAUCAGUUACCUGCAGUACCUUUGGGAUGCUCAAUCCCUCAUACUCCACUGUAUGAAAGACUGCCAGGUUUGGUCUGCUCCAUAUGAUGGUGAAAGCCCUGAUCCACGUACCUUUAUCCAAACUCUAGCUGAUGAGGAUGGUAAAAACCUAGAUCAGCCUAUUUUCCGAUUUCAGCACAGAACACCUAGUAAUACAAGCUCCUCUCAGAUUACUCCUUUGGGAGAAAAGUCGCAGCUGGAGCUGGAAUGGGAUGAUAGCUACGAUACAGGGAUCUCUCCUGGAUCUGAUACGGGCUCUCCACAGCAUGAUAAUGCUUUAGGCAAUGUAGACCCACAACCACCUGCAGCGCCGCCACCAAAGCACAUUCAAGAAAUGAAGAAAAAUGCAAUCAUGCUGAUCAAAGGGUCAUAUAUAGAAGAAUCAGACUUUCAGGAUGAUGUCAUGGUUUAUAGGUUAUGUGCUGAAAAGGAUGCUCAGGAAGCAGACAGCGUAAAGGAGGAAGCUUUGGUGUCAGAAUCUCAAAGCAUAGAUGAUCAGCAGUCGCUCCCUGCCAAUGGUCCCCUUAAAAGUCCCCAGACAGACUCCAGUUUGGAGGAACACAAUAUGAAAAAUUCAAGCUUGACCCAGCACACAACAGUCAUUGCUGAAACUCCACGGCCAGACUUGGAACUUAAGUUGUCUUGCCUAGAAGAAGACCACAAUGCUAACACAAGCUUGCUGAGCCCAGAAAGUGAGGAUUUUAUUUCCCAAUGUGAUAACAUCAUUAAAGAGUUGGAUUCUACCCCUACAGAGUUGGUAGAACUUAAAUUGCUUAUUCCUGAACCAAUCUCUCCCAUGGAAGAGGAAGAAGACUUUGAAAAUUUUUCAGCCGACACACCAUCAGCAGACGGUAUGCCUUCACCUUUUGGACCAAAAGAUGUAUGGUCCAGCAAUUCGGCAAGGACCCAGAGCAUCCCAUUUACAGGUCCAUUUAUCAGUGUGGUGCUCUCAAAGCUGGAAAACAUGUUGGAGAACUCCUUGCAUGUCAACUUGCUGCUCAUUGGCAUUGUCACUCAUCUGGCCAGUUACCCACAGCCCCUCCUUCGUUCCUUUCUGCUCAAUACCAACAUGGUGUUCCAGCCUAGUGUGCGGUCAUUGUACCAGGUGCUGGCAUCUGUGAAAAACAAAAUUGAGCAGUUUGCUUCCAUUGAAAAGGACUUCCCUGGACUACUCAUCGAAGCCCAGCAAUACCUGCUUUUACGGGUGGAUAUGUCAGAUAUUCCUCUGGAGUCAUUGACUAAAGACAAUGCGCAGCACAACCAUGCUUUGGGGAAAGGCAGAAACCUUUCUGAGGCUUCCCAGGUCAUCCUGCAACCUUUCUUUGGAAGUAAGGCAAAGAAAGGAAUGGCUCUUCCCAGCGUCCCCCUGCAUAUCCAGAAUGCCAUCCUGGCAGCUGCCCUCUUCCCAGAGUUUCUCAAGGAGUUGGCUGCUCUUGCACAGGAACACUCCAUACUCUGUUACAAAGUAUUUGGUGACUUUGAGAAUUUUUAUUAGUUUUAAGACUUUUUUUUAAAAGGAUAUUUUAAUUUUAAAAAAACACGGAGAGCUACUUAUAAAGGAAAAAUCUACUUUAUGUUCCUGGUAAUACUUGAUUUGGGGGAAACUGUUACACCUUUAUGUUGGGCCUUAUUUCCUACUGUGCAGCAUAGACACUUGAUGUAUUAAUGGAAUGAUUUCUUAUUUUACCAUAUUCCUACCCUUGAACUUCCUUACCUCAAGAUUCCUUCUUUUAAACUCUGCUAUAGACACUUUUGUUUAAAAAGGCACAAUUGUGUAACCAGCUGAAAGGUGAUUUGCUUUUGUGUUUUUUUUUUCUAUCUAGGAAAGUUGGUUACUCCGUAAGAGAGUGCUUACCAGGAUGAGCAUGUCAAAUCUGAUAAGCCUUUUAUACAAAUAACGUUUUAGGUAUCUAUUUGCGGG